AUGUGUUUAGUUUAUCACGCCGGAAUGCAGACUCAUCGUCGUCGUUCUUCAAAGUCUGUUCUCUUGCCCUGUGCAUCUCCGAAUGUAGCUGGACAGAUCUAUGCUCGGAGGAUGACCGUUCAUCUUCCAGAAACACUUCCGGAUACUACUUAUUUGUGGGGUUAUUUUUUACUUAUUUCAACAUGGUUAAUCUUCUUUAUCACGAUGUACUCGCUGAUUGGAAGUCAUUGGAUGCCGGUUUUGGAUUGGAUCCGAGACGAUGACUAUUAUUGCUAUGUGGUUCCAGUCACUGCUGUGGUAUUCAUAUACUUUGUAGUCUGUAAUUGGAUGGGCAUGAAGUUCUUCCGACAUAAUUAAUGAUGUAAAAAUGCCUACUGUACGCUCUUUUUCAGCCGUUUGAUUUGUUUAUUAUUUCUAUUGUUAUUGCUAUUGUUAUUAUCAUCAUCAUUGUUGUUAUUGUUGCUUUCUAUAGCUUGCUCCCAAAAAAAAGGCAACCCCUUUGAGGUCGGACCAUCAAAUAAAAUGAGGGACCUGACCCUUUUCGAAUUUCUUGCCCACGCCUUUCCUUUUCCAACAGCCAAACUCCAGUCUAUUGACCUAAAAGAAAAUAAACAACAAACCUCUUGCUCUCUC